AUGCAUUUCGUCGGCUGCGCUUCCCAUGCUGGGAGGGAAAGCCAGGGGCUUGACAUCGCCUUUGGGGUCCUUGGGCAUCUGAUCAACGACGACGGUGCGAUAUGCGGUAUCGUCUUGGAAGCAGCGAAAGGGCGCGAGCUUGAGCUGGAGGAUCGCCCGAUGGUUUACGCCUUUCUUUCGAAGUUGCAGCAGCAUGGGUUUGUCCUAUGGUGUCCCUAUGACGGGGGCUUGUCAGUGGUCGACGGAAAGGUCAAAGCGGUCAGGUUGUGGAUGUUAGAACAUUUUUCACAGAGCGAGCGAGACCUUUUGGAGGAAGAUGCAGAGCGACAUUGGGAAGGAGUAGAGCGCCUAUUCCUGGACCUCGAACUUUACGAACAGCUCAAAAUGGUACCGUAUUUCCUCGAAACUCGCCAAGUAGUGAUUACCGUUCCGCCUGUCGUCGGCCCGGACAAGCCUUUCGCGGUUCUCGCUCCUACAUGGGAAGCAUAUAAGCGCGGAAAUCUAACGGGGGUUUUGGAAGAGAGCUCGGAAGAGCCGAUAGAAGAGAUACGGAAGCGGCUGGCCUCGGUUUCGCAUCGCGUUUUCCCCACAUAUCCUAGGAAAUCGUGGGGGUUCCCGACCGUUCCUCUUGUGCAUUACCAAGGGACACGAAGAGUUUUGUUCUUCAACAGUGUGGAAGAGGCAUCGGGAUGCUUGACGCAAUCAAAAUGCGGGAUACCUCCUUCGAGUCGAGAACAACCUACCCGGGAUAGAUCAACAAGAACACCUUACCAACAACACUCAAAGCGGAGGCAGAAGAUACCCGUGUUGCCACCAGAGACAUGGAUUGAGGACCCGAGCCGUUUCGAGGAUGUCACGCAUGGUGGACAGACAGAUCGUUAA